AUGAAGUUAAAAAGAUUUGAUUUUAUUUUAUUUAUUUAAUUAAAGGCAGAGACGUAUAAAGUCGUUCAUCAAGUAUUUUCUUUUAUUUAUCUAAGCGAACACUUAAACGGUAGGAUAAAGCAUUAACCAUUAAUUCUUUAUAACGAAUGUAAUGACAAAGGUACUUCUAAAAAUAAAAUUUUAGAUUAGUGUUUUAAAACAAGAAAAAGCUUCUUAGGGGAUUGUUUAAAAUCUUCUGAGCAGAUUGUUUAAAAGCACUAAAUGUAAUAUUUAAGAAACCCUUCAAUUAUUUAUACAAGUAUUCGAUAUUUGCUAUUAAUAGCUCAAUCUUUAAAUUACAUGGAUUAUCCAGGUAAUUAUGAAUUAUACUAAAACACUACAGAUUAAGUUAUUUAUCUGUUUCGUUUAUUUCCAAAGAGGCCAAUAUUAAAUUUAAAACGUUCAAGAAAAAAUUUGAAUUCAAAUAUUGGUCUUUUUAGAUGA